AUGUCGCAGAAAAUUGGACACAGUGGUUUGGCGUUUGCACGCCUUUGGCACCAUGUUGACGUUGCCCGUGACAAGAGAACAUUAGGUAGAUUGGCUUCAGCGAUUGCAAUUACCUUGAUUGGUAAACAUAAGCCUGUCUACCAUCCAUCGCAAGACUGUGGAGAUUACGUGGUGGUAACUAACUGCCAGAAAAUACGCGUAACAGGUAAGAAAUUUGAGCAGAAGACCUACUGGUCUCAUUCGGGUAGACCUGGUCAACUUAAGUUACAGACAAUGGAAAAGGUUGUUGCCGAUAAAGGGUUUGGAGAGAUCUUAAAAAAAGCAGUUAGUGGUAUGCUUCCCAAAAAUAAACUGAGAAAGCAACGAUUAGACCGUUUAAAAGUUUUCGAUGGAAGUGAAAAUCCUUAUAAACAAAAUAUUACCGCUUUUGCCAAUGAACAAUCAUCAAUACCAGAAUCUCUUAAAGAAUCAAUUUUCAACCAAUUGAAAUAG